CUGCUCUGGAAGGGAGGAAGACAACAGGGCUGAGUGUGUGUGUGUGUGUGUGUGCGUGAGGGAAAAAAAAGAGGCGGAGUGGGGAAGUUUUAAACAAACUUACAAUUGGAUUGACCGCUCUCAGACCUGCACUACAAUCAUGGGGUUUGGAAAAGGGAAAGAGGAGUACCAACUGGCUGCGUCAGACGAACAUGGCAAGAAACACAAGAAAGGCAAAGACAAGAAGGAUAUGGACGAACUCAAAAAAGAAGUUGACCUGGACGAUCACAAGCUGACAUUGGAUGAACUCCACAGAAAAUACGGGACAGACAUAUCCAGGGGCCUUUCCUCUUCCAGAGCAAAAGAGAUUCUGGCCCGAGACGGUCCCAAUGCCUUGACGCCUCCUCCCACAACACCUGAAUGGGUGAAGUUCUGCAAGCAGCUGUUUGGUGGUUUCUCCAUGCUGCUGUGGAUCGGUGCAAUCCUCUGCUUCCUCGCUUACAGUAUUCAGGCUGCCUCUGAGGACGAGCCUGCGAAUGAUAACUUGUAUUUGGGUAUUGUGCUGUCUGCUGUCGUCAUCAUCACUGGCUGCUUCUCCUACUACCAAGAGGCCAAGAGCUCUAAGAUCAUGGAGUCUUUUAAGAAUCUGGUCCCACAGCAAGCCCUAGUUGUCCGUGACGGUGAGAAGAAGAACCUCAACGCUGAGGAAGUGGUAGUUGGAGAUUUGGUGGAGGUCAAAGGAGGAGACAGGAUCCCCGCUGACCUCAGGAUUAUCUCUGCUCAUGGCUGCAAGGUGGACAACUCCUCACUGACUGGUGAAUCAGAACCUCAGACCCGUUCCCCAGAGUUCUCCAACGAGAACCCCUUGGAGACCAGGAACAUUGCUUUCUUCUCCACCAACUGUGUUGAAGGAACUGCCAGAGGAAUUGUCAUCAACACCGGUGAUCGUACUGUCAUGGGUCGUAUUGCUACUUUGGCUUCUAGUCUUGAAGGUGGAAAAACUCCCAUCGCAAAAGAGAUUGAGCAUUUUAUCCACAUCAUCACUGGUGUUGCUGUCUUCCUUGGUGUUACUUUCUUCAUCCUGUCCCUGAUCCUUGGUUAUGGAUGGCUGGAGGCCGUCAUUUUCCUGAUUGGUAUCAUUGUCGCCAACGUGCCAGAAGGUCUCCUGGCUACUGUCACCGUGUGUCUGACCCUGACCGCCAAGCGUAUGGCCAAGAAGAACUGCCUGGUGAAGAACCUGGAAGCCGUGGAGACGCUGGGCUCCACUUCCACCAUCUGCUCAGACAAGACCGGCACCCUGACCCAGAACAGAAUGACAGUGGCCCACAUGUGGUUCGACAACCAGAUCCACGAGGCCGACACCACGGAGAACCAGAGCGGCACCUCGUUCGACAGAAGCUCUGCCACCUGGGCGAUGCUUGCCAGAAUUGCUGGACUCUGCAACCGUGCCGUCUUCCUGGCAGAACAGAGCAACAUUCCCAUUCUGAAGCGAGAUGUGGCGGGUGACGCCUCAGAAGCUGCCUUGCUCAAGUGUAUCGAGCUGUGCUGCGGGUCGGUGAAGGACAUGAGAGAAAAAUACCCCAAAGUUGCUGAAAUUCCAUUCAACUCCACCAACAAAUACCAGCUCUCCAUCCACAAGAACACAACUCCCGGGGAAACGAAGCACCUGCUGGUGAUGAAAGGAGCCCCAGAGAGGAUUUUGGACCGCUGCUCCACCAUCAUGGUGCAGGGCAAAGAGCAACCUCUGGAUGAAGAGAUGAAAGACUCGUUCCAGAACGCCUACGUGGAGCUGGGAGGACUUGGAGAGAGAGUGCUGGGUUUCUGCCAUUUCCACCUGCCUGACGACCAGUUCCCAGACGGAUUUGCUUUUGACACAGAAGACGUGAACUUCCCCACUGAGAAGCUGUGUUUCAUUGGCCUCAUGGCCAUGAUCGACCCUCCUCGUGCUGCCGUGCCGGAUGCUGUGGGCAAAUGCAGGAGCGCUGGAAUCAAGGUUAUCAUGGUGACCGGUGACCAUCCUAUCACAGCCAAGGCCAUCGCUAAAGGUGUGGGCAUCAUCUCAGAGGGCAACGAGACUGUUGAAGACAUCGCUGCACGUUUGAACAUCCCACAGUCAGAGGUUAACCCCAGGGAUGCCAAGGCUUGCGUGGUGCACGGCUCGGACUUAAAGGACAUGAGCUCCGAGUUCCUGGACGACCUGCUGAGGAACCACACCGAGAUUGUUUUCGCUCGCACCUCUCCUCAGCAGAAGCUCAUCAUCGUGGAGGGCUGCCAGAGACAGGGGGCGAUCGUGGCGGUGACGGGGGACGGGGUGAACGACUCUCCGGCGCUGAAGAAAGCCGACAUCGGCGUUGCCAUGGGGAUCGCCGGCUCCGAUGUGUCCAAGCAGGCAGCUGACAUGAUCCUGCUGGAUGACAACUUCGCCUCCAUCGUUACCGGAGUGGAGGAGGGUCGUCUCAUAUUCGAUAACUUGAAGAAGUCCAUCGCUUACACGCUGACCAGCAACAUCCCGGAGAUCUCCCCGUUCCUCCUCUUCAUCAUCGCCAGUGUUCCUCUUCCUCUGGGAACCGUCACCAUCCUCUGCAUCGACCUGGGCACUGACAUG